AUGACAGAUCAGAGGAGGCCUGUGGCGACCCGCGACAUUCUCUGGCUCACCAUCAACAACAUAACAGUAGUAAACUUCUAUCGACAACCGCACUACGAUGAAGCACUGGAGAUGCUCCUCCAGUGGACCACACCAGGAAGCUUGCUCAACCCUGCCGAUGUGCCAACGAACCCACAUGGCAACACAAUAGACCUCGCCUUCUCCAACAUACCACUAUCCGAAGCUGUCGUGGAGGAACACCUGGCCACCAGCUCUGACCACUUCACGCUCAGCGUGACACUCGCUGACCUGGCUCCGGCCUCGGUGCCGCUAGGAAAGGUCCGCCUCACCUCUGACGACGAGCUCGCUCGUUUCGCCGAAAUGGUCGAUUCCGGAGCAACAGCUAUCCCGGCCGCGGCCUCGUCUCCCCAAGAGCUUGAUUCCCUGGCGUUGGCGCUCGUGGAACUUCUCCAACUGGCAGCCAAGGCCGCCGGUCGCCCCGUCCGCAAAGGGGCACGCAGCGCGCCCUGGUGGACAGAAGAAUGCGCCCUCGCCGCGGCGGAAUACCGCGCGAUUAGGAGAGUCUACCCUCUCGGCUUCAAUCGGGAAGUCCAGCUUGCAAGAGAGACUUCCAGAAAGUCCGCCUCCAUAUUCAAAGCGGUCCGAUGGCUGAGAUCACCGGGCGCUUUCCAGCCUCCGCCCCUACAAGUAGGCGAUGUAGUUUACGAGACGCAGCUUGACAAAGCCAAUGCCCUACGGCGGGCGACGCUCGAGCGGCGCACGGCGGACGACGACAUCCCAGAUCCGUGGAUCCCAGUCGACACAACGAAAACCGUUCCCUUCACGCAACAGGCGUCACUUGAGGAAGUGCGCGACGCAACCCUACGGACAGGAAACACGUCUCCCGGCCCCGACAGCAUCACGGUACAAAUGCUCAAGGCGAGAUCUGCCGUUGACCUUGUUGCCGCUCUGCUGCAUGACAUUGAAGAGGCGUUUGCCCGCGGACAAGUUGCCACGCUGAUCCUUCGCCUCCGGAAGCCGAAGGGGCGCUUCGGCUACGCAGACGACACGGGCAUCUGGCUCGACAGCACCCUGUCGUUCAAGACACACGUGGAAAAGUGGACAGCCAAGGCACAGGUCGUGGCCUAUCACUUGAAAAGUCUGGCAAACACCAAACAUGGUCCUCUUCCCGGUGCCGUUCGCAGAGCCCAGGCGGCCAAUCUCCUCCUCGCCGCUUCGGCGACGAUCAGGCGCUGCCUCUGCAAACCGCCCCGAAAGACCAGUCAGCAGCGGAUUUCCGCAUUUGGCUCCGCGAAAGGCGCGCUCGAGGGCCUGCGCGCUGCCCUAAGCCUCCCACGAUCGCAGAGGGUAGUCGUUUGUCUCGACAACAUCGCGGCGGCAACAUGCCUCAGAGGCAUGCCGGCAGACUCCUCCCAGGAUGUCUUCCUCGAGUUCCAGGCCCUGGCCACAGCACACGCGAAAGCAGGAACCUCUCAACCCGAGCCCGCAGGCGCUGUCCCGACACUGGCAUAUCUGCGCAGGGCUGCCAGGCAGCAGCCUAAAGUGCAUUUAAAGCCUGCAGUCAAUCGCGCAAUAGGCAGAGACUUCGACAGGCCAAUCCUCGUCGUCUUCGCCGUUCUCAUCGUCAUCGUCGUCAACAUCCCUCCGCCACCCCUCGCAUUCCUCUCCCUCAUCGUCAUGCCCAGGAAACCAUCCAGACAGGCGUCCGCCUCGACGACGACGACACCAUCCAACUUCUCCCUGCCCGCCUCGCUAUCCGAAUCCUCGCUGCCGCUGCCCAAGCUCAUCGUCUUUGAUCUCGACUACACGCUGUGGCCCUUUUGGGUCGACACGCAUGUCACCCCGCCCAUCAAGCCCAACGCCCACCACUCGGCCGCCUCGGACCGCCUCGGCGAACACCUCGCCUUCUACGACGACGUGCCAUCCAUCCUCCAAGCCCUGAACCAGGCAGCGCGCCCCGACGGCGGCAUCCAGCUCGGCGUCGCCUCCCGCACCAGCGCCCCAGACCUCGCGCGCCAGCUGCUCCAGAUGCUGCACCUGCCCGCCCUGCCGGGAACCGCCGCCGCCGACGACGAGCAAGUAAGCGAGAAGCCGCGGCGGCGGCGUGCGCUGGACGUCUUUGACGGCGGCCUGGAGAUUUACCCGGGAAGCAAGCUGCGGCACUUUGAGGCCCUGCGGAGGCGCACGGGCAUCCCCUACGAGGACAUGCUCUUCUUCGACGACGAGAGCCGCAACCGCGAGACGGAGCAGCUGGGCAUCACCAUGCGCCUCGUCCGCGAUGGCGUGACGUGGAGCGAAGUCGAGAGAGGCGUCGACGAGUGGCGGCGGCGGAGGGGUUACGGCGGGGGCCAAGGCAAGACGACAUAA